AACUGUUGUGCUGACGCAAUGUAUAAAACAGUCUAAAAAAGAACACAGAAAUUCAAUAACUUCAAGAAAAAGAAGAAAAAAAAAACAUUUCCUCACACUUUGAUCCGUUCCGUUACUAUAUCAACUCCAAUAAAUAAAUCUUCAAAAUUUUCGAUUUAAUCCGAAAAAUCUCUCUUCCUAUAUUUCAGCCCAAACUCUCUCUAAAAGUCUAAACCGUAAUUUUCAACAUGAAUCCACAAUCACCGGUUCGGCCCGAACCGGAUCACCCGGCUCGUUUCGCUUUACCAUCCGGUUCAAACCGCAAAAUCGCGAUCGCCGUUGAUCUCAGCGACGAAAGUGCCUACGCCGUCCGAUGGGCGGUUCAAAACUAUCUCCGACCAGGCGACACCGUGAUCCUCCUCCACGUCCGUCCAACUAGUGUCCUCUACGGCGCCGAUUGGGGUUCCAUCGAUCAAACCCUAACCAGUGACGGCGAUGGUGACGGCGGUGAUUCUUCAGAGGAAUCGCGACAGAAAAUGGAAGACGAAUUCGACAAUUUCACAUCAACGAAAGCAACGGACUUAGCACAACCAUUAGUGGAAUCACAAACUCCGUUCAAGAUUCACAUUGUGAAAGAUCAUGAUAUGAAAGAGAGAUUGUGUUUGGAAGUUGAGAGGCUUGGAUUGAGUGCUGUGAUUAUGGGAAGUCGUGGAUUUGGUGCUUCCAAAAGAGCUUCUACUGGUAGACUUGGAAGUGUCAGUGAUUAUUGUGUUCAUCACUGUGUUUGUCCUGUUGUUGUUGUUCGUUAUCCGGAGGAGGAGAGUAAUGGUGGUGGAAUUCAAGGGAAAGAUAGUGUUGGUGUUGGACAAAAGAUUGAACUUCAUCCGGUACCUGAGGAAGAAGUUGAACAUGAGGAGGAGUAUCAUGAUGCUUCGGAAGAACAUAAAGAUGCUUAAUGAGAUCACAGAGCAAUAUAAAUAUCCUACUAACUUCAGAAAACUGGUACGUCAAAUGGAGAAGAGUAUGAACUUUUACUACAUUGUGAAGCAUUGUUUGGUCGGUUGGAAUUUGUAUGCAUUUGAUCAGUUUGUUUUUAUACCGCUUCAAUAUUGACGGGUUUGAAGUCUUUCUACUUCGGUGAAUGGAUUUGGAAGCUGAUCCAGUUCAUGUGUGGAAACAAAGUGUAGAUUUAGAAACAAUGAAAACUUUGUUUUAUUGUCUUGUGUCAUAAAAUAUAAAAGAUUGUCUUGUGUUUGUCUUGUAAAUAUCCCUUACUGUGGUGUACAAUUUAUGAAUUCUCAUUUGUCUCGGAUGAUGUUAAUUAACAAAACACAUUUGGGGUUUGUUGUGGGAUUA